GUGGGGCGGGGUCGGAAGCGGAAGUGACCGCAGAAGCGCGGCGGCGCGAUGGCGACGGCAGUGUGGGCGGCUGCGCGGCUGCUUCGGGGUUCUGCGGCGCUGUGCGCGCGGCCCAAGUUCGGUUCUCCUGCACACAGACGGUUCAGCAGUGGCGCCACCUACCCCAACAUCCCCCUCUCUUCUCCCUUGCCCGGAGUGCCCAAGCCUAUUUUUGCUACAGUUGAUGGACAGGAAAAGUUUGAAACCAAAGUCACCACUCUGGACAAUGGGCUUCGUGUGGCAUCUCAAAAUAAGUUUGGACAGUUCUGUACCUUAGGAAUUCUUAUUAAUUCAGGAUCACGAUAUGAAGCGAAAUAUCUUAGUGGAAUUGCUCAUUUUCUGGAAAAAUUGGCAUUUUCGUCUACCGCUCGAUUUGACAGCAAAGAUGAAAUUCUGCUUACCCUGGAAAAACAUGGUGGUAUCUGUGACUGCCAGACCUCGAGAGACACCACCAUGUAUGCUGUGUCUGCUGACAGCAAAGGCUUGGACACUGUGGUGGGCCUGCUGGCUGAUGUGGUUCUGCACCCUCGCCUGACAGAUGAAGAAAUUGAGAUGACGAGGAUGGCUGUUCAGUUUGAACUUGAGGACCUGAACAUGAGACCUGACCCAGAGCCACUGCUCACCGAGAUGAUUCAUGAAGCUGCUUUUAGGGAGAACACGGUGGGCCUGCACCGGUUUUGUCCUGUAGAGAACAUAGGGAAGAUUGACCGAGAAGUGCUGCAUUCCUACCUGAAGAACUACUACACCCCCGACCGCAUGGUGCUUGCUGGAGUGGGCGUGGAGCAUGAGCACCUGGUCGAAUGUGCCAGGAAGUACCUCCUGGGAGUGCAGCCUGCCUGGGGAGCUCCGGGAGCUGUGGAUGUUGACAGCUCAGUGGCACAGUACACGGGGGGGAUCAUCAAGGUGGAGAGAGACAUGUCAAAUGUCAGCCUUGGCCCCACCCCGAUUCCAGAGCUCACACACAUCAUGGUGGGGCUAGAAAGCUGCUCCUUCCUGGAAGAGGACUUCAUCCCCUUUGCCGUGUUGAAUAUGAUGAUGGGAGGCGGGGGCUCCUUCUCGGCCGGAGGGCCUGGCAAAGGCAUGUUCUCCAGGCUCUACCUCAACGUGCUCAAUCGGCACCACUGGAUGUAUAAUGCAACCUCCUACCACCACAGCUAUGAAGACACAGGCCUCCUGUGCAUCCAUGCCAGCGCAGACCCGCGACAGGUUCGAGAAAUGGUAGAAAUCAUCACAAAGGAGUUUAUCUUGAUGGGCCGAACGGUGGAUUUGGUGGAGCUGGAGCGGGCCAAGACACAGCUGAUGUCCAUGCUCAUGAUGAACUUGGAGUCCAGGCCUGUGAUCUUUGAGGAUGUGGGGAGGCAGGUGUUGGCUACACAUUCAAGAAAGCUGCCCCAUGAGCUGUGCACACUCAUUCGCAAUGUGAAGCCGGAAGAUAUCAAGAGGGUUGCUUCCAAGAUGCUCCGAGGCAAGCCUGCUGUGGCCGCCCUGGGUGAUUUGACUGACCUGCCCACCUAUGAACACAUCCAGGCAGCACUGUCCAGCAGAGAUGGGCGCCUGCCCAGAACAUACCGGCUGUUCCGGUAGAGCCCUCCAGGGCAGGCUGCAGAGUGCUUCUGUGCAUAUUAUUGUAGGUGUGGACACUGCAUAAGAAUAGCUAGGUCUGUGAACAGUGCCAACAGGGAAGCUCUGGAAACUUGAAUGAAAGUUACUGUUGCCACUGCACCUUUGUGUCUCUCAAACACCAAGUGGCUUGUUCUUCAUCUAACAUGUGUUUUCCCUGAGUGUCUGCCAAAGCAGGUGCUGUCUGGCCGCUAGACAUUCUGGAGCAAGGAAGCUGGGGAAGAUCAGAGGUCUCUGGGUUCUAGGGAGACAACACUGCAAUCUGAAAGCACACAGGGCCUCCCCACUGUUAGGAGCACAGGCAUGGAUCGUUGUACUCACUGUUUUCCCUUCAAAUAGGACCUCAGUACAGUAUAGCCCUGACUGGCUGAGACUUACCAGGAGACGCUCGUCUCCAACCCACAGACCCUCCUGCCUCUGCUUCCCAAGUGCUAGGAUUAUAGGCAAGUGCCACCACACCUGGCCUUCUCAUUUCUAAAGCUUAAGUUUUUUUAACAAGCCUGAAGGUAUUUCAGUCUUCCACCCCUUUGCUUUUUCAGAUAGGGUCUACUUAGCCCUGGCUGGCCCAUAACUCAAUAUAGAGACAAGGCUGGCCUCAAUUACUGGUCUUCUAAGUAUGAGUUACCAUGCCAGUUGUAUCUCAUAAUUACUUACAAAGCCUAGUUUUUAGAUUUCCCCCUUGAUCUGCAAUGGCUUAAGUGCUUAGCUUUCGAAACUGAAAUGCCCUCUAAAUGUAAGUUGUUAUGGCUGCACUUUGCCCCCUACUCCAAGACUUUCGAUCUUGAUCUCAGGCCAAACUGGGAAUUCCUAGGACUUUCCAAGGUACCAAACUGCUGGGUCACGGUGGUGGCGCACGCCUUUAAUCCCAGCACUCCGGAGGCAGAUGCAAGUGGUUCUCCGAAUUUGAGGCCAGCCUAGUGUACAGAGAGGGUUCCAGGACAGCCAGGGCUACAGAGAAAACUGUCUGGAACUGCCACAGCAAACCUUAUUCCAGCCAGGAAGAGUUUAGUCAGCUCCACUACUCUCAGCCUUCCCAGGGGAACAUGCAGCUCGCUGAUUGGACUGACAUUCAUCUGAGUGGUUACUGAAGCAGGCCACUUGGCUCUGUGACACCCACAUUCUAGAAGCUGGUGCUGGUGAGUUCCAUCUCAUUUGUUGGCUUAUUUCACUGUGGUUCGUUGGACCCAAGUCGUCACUUCCCAGCUGUUGCUGCUUCUGGCUGUGAGCAGGGGCAACACACAGAGGGACCUGAGAUGGGACUGAGUCGUAGCUGACAGCUGAGACCAAAUUUGCUGCCUUUGACUUCUCUGCCUUUUUAAAACCCUGCGGUGUCUGAGGCCCUGAGAUGCAUGCAGACUGCUUACAAGGUUCAGUCCUUGGUCAGAAAGAGUUUACAGUUGAAUAUAUCCUUAUUUAUUGAAAAAUAUAAAUAUGGAAAAAUAAAUAAUUUAGAAGACUAGA